UCCCCCGCCUAGUGGUUUCCGCGGCCCCUUUAAGGCGCAGGGAAUUGUGGGUGCGGGGAGUGGAAUUUUGGAACGAAAUGUAGCGAAGAGAAGUACAGUAGUAAGAGUAACGUUGUAGCCGCCGCCGGCCGAGGGGGCGCGCCGGGAGGCAGCGCCGCACCCCCUUUCCGUCGCUGGGACCCCCCCAUCAAACUAUCGGCGGGAAGAGGAGCCCGAGGAUCCGCCCCGGCCCGAUCCACGUUCCCCCAGGAAGCCGGACUCUAUGGGGCGGGACCCUGGGGGCGACUGAGCAGAACCUGGAGCCAGCCCGAACCCCUGAAGCUCGCGCCAGGGGCGCCCCGGGAGCAGCCAGCCCGUGGGCGCGCCGCCCGCCCGCCAAGCAACCAUGAGCGAGACCGUUAUCUGUUCGAGCCGGGCGACGGUGAUGCUCUAUGAUGAUGGCAACAAGCGGUGGCUGCCUGCCGGCACGGGUCCCCAGACCUUCAGCCGUGUGCAGAUCUACCACAACCCCACGGCCAAUUCCUUCCGGGUUGUCGGACGCAAGAUGCAGCCUGACCAGCAGGUGGUCAUCAACUGUGCCAUCGUCCGGGGUGUGAAGUAUAAUCAGGCCACCCCCAACUUCCAUCAGUGGCGGGAUGCCCGCCAGGUCUGGGGCCUCAACUUCGGCAGCAAGGAGGACGCAGCGCAGUUUGCUGCCGGCAUGGCCAGCGCCCUGGAGGCCUUGGAAGGAGGUGGGCCUCCUGCACCCCCAGCACCGCCGGCCUGGUCCAUCCAGAACGGCCCCUCCCCGGAGGAGGUGGAGCAGCAGAAAAGGCAGCAGCCCAGCCAGCCUGAGUAUAUGGAGCGGGAACGCCGGGUCUCCAACGCAGGAGGCCCACCUGUUCCCCCCAUGGGGGGACCACCCCCACCUCCAGGACCUCCCCCUCCUCCGGGCCCUCCCCCACCCCCAGGCCUGCCCCCUUCAGGGGUCUCGGCUGCAGGACAUGGUGCAGGGGGAGGCCCGCCCCCUGCACCCCCUCUCCCUGCAGCACAAGGCCCCAGUGGUGGGGGAGCUGGAGCCCCUGGCCUGGCUGCAGCCAUUGCCGGAGCCAAACUCAGGAAAGUCAGCAAGGAGGAGGCCUCAGGAGGGCCCUUGGCCACCAAAGCUGAGAGCACCCGAAGCACAGGUGGGGGGCUCAUGGAGGAGAUGAAUGCCAUGCUGGCCCGGAGAAGGAAAGCCACACAGGUUGGGGAGAAACCCCCCAAGGAAGAAUCUGCCAGUCAGGAGGAGCCAGAGGCCAGAGUCCCAGCCCAGAGUGAACCUGUGCGGAGACCCUGGGAGAAGAACAGCACAACCUUGCCAAGGAUGAAGUCCUCAUCUUCCAUCACUGCUUCUGAGGCCCAGGCUUCUACGCACAGCUCUGGGGAAGAGUCAGACCUGGAGAAGGUGAAGCAGGAGCUUCUGGAAGAGGUGAGGAAGGAAUUACAGAAGGUCAAAGAGGAGAUAAUUGAAGCUUUUGUCCAGGAGCUAAGGAAACGGGGUUCCCCCUGACCACAGGGACCCAAAUGACCUGUUUCUCUUUCUGCACACCCGGCCUGUCACCCUGCUUUCCCUGCCUCUACUUGACAUGGAAUUGGCUGAAGAUUACACAGGAAUGCAUCUUCCCCCUCCGGAUCCCACUUGGAAAAUUCCAAGGGGGUGUGGCUUCCCUGGCACCGUGCCCACACCCUUACUGGCUGCUGAUUGAUGAGCUGGGGAGGCCCCCACCCUUUGCUCCCUUUGGUCCUUCCCCUCUGCCAUCCCCUUGGGGCUGGUUCCUCUGUUGGGGAUGUACCAAUUAACCCCACAGUAAGGGGGAAGGAAGGAGGGAAUUUCACAUUCCCUUGUUCUAGAUUCACUUUAAUGCUUAAUGCCUUCGAAUCAUUUUGUUGUUUUUUUUUUUUUUUAAGGAAAAAAAUAUAUUAUAUAUAUAUUUGGGUUUGGGGGGAAAGGGAAAUUUUUUUUUCCUUUUUGGUUUUGAUAAAACGGGGUGUGGGAGUUUUUAAAUGCUAUAGCCCCAGGCUAGCCAUUUGGGGCAGCUAUUUUAGGGUGGGUGUCUCACCAGACUGGGGUGCUCCCCCACCCCGGGACCCCCCCCUUCCCUCGAGCUCCUUCCCUUUUCUAUGAGGAAUUAAGAUGCUGUAACUUUUUGAAACCUCAGUUUUUUGGGUUUUUUUAUUUGGAUAGGUUUUGGGGUCCAGACCAUUUUUACCCUCUGGGGAAUAAGGGAGGGAGAAGGGAGGAACCUCCCCCUUUACCUCCAGCUUCUUGAGAAUGGGCCCUUGUGGAAUAAAUCUGCAGUUUUUAUAA